CUGCGCUGCGCUGCAGGGUGGUGGUGGUGGGGCUCCCGGUGGGGGCGGCUUGUGCGGCGGUGGCGGGGAGCCGGGGGGGUCCGGUGAGCGCCGCCGCCGCCUGCCGGGCCCCGUGUCCCUCAGCGGGAGGCGGCGGGGCCCGGGGCGGAGCGAGCCCGGCGGGAGGGACGCAGUGUCCCUUCUCUGUAAGUUCCGCCGAGUUCAGCGGCCGGCGGCGCUCCGCCCCGCAGACGGUGCCCGGGUCGGGCCGCCCCGGGGGAGAAGCCGCAGCCCGUGAGCGCUCAGGCCGGUGCCCCCCGCUCCCCGCCGCCCCCCGGGCUCUCCCUCCACAGUUCCCUUCGCUCCCGCGUUCUCCUGGCCUUUCCUCCCUCAAGUACGUGGUGUUCCGACCGUGCGGGACAAGUGCAGGAUUCAGCCUGACCCGAGUGACAAAAGAAAUGGAUUUGACGUAAUUUAAAGGUACCGGGUACCUUUCUGCCCGAGCCCGUGGAAGGAAGGCUUCCAUAGGAGACAGAGCUCAGAUGAAAUCAAAAGAACGAUAAAGUUUGGAGGAGAAAAAGAAGCUGCAAUUGCUUUCCUGGUCUGCAGUUUGACAGGGCAUUAAGAUGUCCGUGGACAUGAACAGCCAGGGCUCUGACAGCAAUGAAGAGGAUUAUGACCCUAAUUGCGAGGAGGAGGAAGAGGAUGAGGAUCCUGGGGAUAUUGAGGAUUAUUAUGAUGGGGUAGCUAACGACGUGGAGCAGCAGGGAGCAGAUGCCUUUGAUCCAGAGGAGUAUCAGUUCACCUGCCUGACUUACAAGGAGUCGGAGAGCACUCUGAAUGAACACAUGGCCAGCUUGGCUGCCACGUUAAAGGUAUCACAUGCUGUUGCAAAGCUAGUAUUAGUUAGUUUCCACUGGCAAAUCUCAGAGAUUUUGGAAAGGCACAAGUCUAAUGCUGCCCAGUUGCUAGUAGAAGCACGAGUUCAGCCCACCUCAUCCAAACACGCAAUGGUACAUUCCUCCCAUCACUGCGCAGUGUGCAUGCAGUUUGUCCGGAAGGAGAACUUGCUCUCUCUGGCUUGUCAGCACCAGUUCUGUCGCAGCUGUUGGGAGCAGCAUUGUACAGUGCUCGUCAAGGAUGGUGUCGGAGUCGGGGUUUCCUGCAUGGCUCAGGACUGCCUGCUUCGGACGCCAGAAGACUUUGUGUUUCCGUUGCUGCCUAGUGAAGAGCUGAAAGACAAAUACAGGCGCUACCUCUUCAGGGACUAUGUGGAGAGCCAUUAUCAGCUGCAGCUGUGUCCUGGUGCAGAUUGCCCUAUGGUCAUACAGGUACAGGAGCCAAAAGCCCGGCGAGUGCAGUGCAAUCGUUGCAAUGAGGUCUUCUGCUUUAAGUGUCGGCAGAUGUACCAUGCACCCACAGACUGUGCUACCAUUCGGAAAUGGCUCACCAAGUGCGCAGAUGACUCCGAAACAGCCAACUACAUCAGUGCUCACACUAAAGAUUGUCCCAAGUGCAAUAUCUGUAUUGAAAAGAAUGGAGGCUGCAAUCACAUGCAAUGCUCCAAAUGCAAGCAUGAUUUCUGCUGGAUGUGUCUGGGAGACUGGAAGACUCACGGCAGCGAGUACUACGAAUGCAGUCGGUACAAAGAGAAUCCUGAUAUUGUAAACCAGAGUCAGCAAGCACAGGCCAGGGAGGCCCUUAAGAAGUACUUGUUCUAUUUUGAGAGGUGGGAGAAUCACAAUAAAAGCUUGCAGCUGGAGGCACAGACGUACCAACGAAUCCAGGAGAAAAUCCAAGAAAGAGUUAUGAACAACUUGGGAACAUGGAUAGACUGGCAAUACCUACAAAAUGCUGCAAAAUUACUUGCAAAGUGUCGUUACACCCUGCAGUACACAUAUCCAUAUGCCUACUACAUGGAGUCUGGUCCCAGAAAGAAACUGUUUGAGUACCAGCAGGCCCAGCUGGAAGCUGAAAUUGAAAAUCUCUCAUGGAAGGUGGAGCGAGCAGACAGCUACGACAGAGGGGACUUAGAGAAUCAGAUGCACAUAGCAGAGCAGAGACGGAGGACCCUGCUGAAAGACUUCCAUGACACAUAAGACAGGAGGAAGUGACGAAGUGCAGGGGUGAGAGCAGCGAGUGAAGUGAUGGCAGCUUCACCGGGAUAAGCAGGCACUGCCUCUGGGAGAACACGGCCAAGGACAAAGCCACCCCUCCCCUUGCAAGUCAGACACAUGCAAACACCACAUCUUAGUCCAGUUUGUUCUCUUAUCUUUCUGUUUCUGUUUCUGCCAGGCUAGAGGCCAGAAUUCAGAUUGGCAUAUUUCCUGGGACAUUUCCCUCCUGCCCUUGAUGGUUUCAGAAGGGGAGGGAGUUUUUCUCUGAAUGGCUGUUAAUAGUAUUAGAUCAUUACAAUUUAUGUAAUUUUCAAUGGUUGUACAAUUAUACAGACAAACCUUAGAAUAACACACAACCCUUUUUAAAAAUAAAUUGGCAGUGGAGUGUUUUUCCUUAA